GUACCUUCCAUCACUCCCAAACCUCCCUUGCAGAAAAAGCGCGCAACAAAACAAAGUAACUAACUCCCAAACACUCUCUCUCUCUCUCUCUCUCUCUCCCUCCCUUGCACCAAACGAAGCGCACAAUCCAAGCCCGUGAAUUUCAACGCUCUCUCUCUCUCUCUCUCUCUCUCUCUCUCCAGAUUUUCUUCACUCUUUCUGUACAUGUAUCUAUGUUUCUAUGGACUCUGUUUCAGUUGGAAGAAUUCGGAUCCUGAAUUAAUUGCUCGAAUUUUCGAUUGGGACUUGUAGCAGUUGUCCGCAAUAAAUGAGGAUUUUAGAGAAAAUGGACAAAAAUUUUGAUCCGGAGGAAUUCAUAGAAGAAUUUGAGAGGAUGACAGAGGAUGCUGAACAAGUUCAGAGGGAGACCCUGAGGAAAAUAUUGGAAGAAGAUGGCAACACUGAGUACUUAAGGAAGUGUGGUCUCGAUGGAAGGACUGACCCUGAGAGUUUCAAGGCCUGUGUUCCCCUUGUCACCCACGAGGAUUUGGAUCCUUACAUUCAGAGAAUUGCAGAUGGAGAUGCGUCUCCCAUCCUCACUGGGAAACCAAUAACAGCCAUCUCGUUAAGCUCUGGUACCACUCAUGGAAAGCCAAAGUUCGUCCCUUUCAAUGAAAAAUUAUUGGAUAACACUAUGCAGAUAUACAAGACAUCUUUUUCGUUCAGAAACAGGGAAUUUCCAAUUGGGAGUGGUAAGGCCCUACAGUUUAUCUACAGCAGCAAACAGUUCAAAACCAAAGGUGGUCUCGCGGCAGGAACUGCAACAACAAAUGUGUACCGUAGUUUGCAUUACAAGAAUACAAUGAAGGCAAUGCAUACUCCAUAUUGUAGCCCUGACGAAGUAAUAUUUGGUCCUGACUUCCAGCAAUCUUUAUACUGCCAUCUUCUAAGUGGACUAAUUCACUGGGAUGAAGUCCUAGUUGUGUCCUCUACAUUUGCUCACAGCAUUGUACAUGCCUUCAGAACCUUUGAACUGGUCUGGGAAGAGCUCUGUACUGACAUCCGAGAAGGGGUUCUCAGCAGCCGCAUAACUGUUCCGUGUAUCCGAACGGCUAUGUCGAAACUGCUGAAGCCAAACCCUGAAUUGGCUGAUAGGAUCUAUAGAAAGUGCCUGGGAUUAAGUAAUUGGUAUGGAUUAAUACGAGAGCUAUUUCCUUAUUGCAAGUACGUGUAUGGGAUCAUGACUGGAUCAAUGGAACCUUAUUUGAAAAAGCUGAGGCACUAUGCAGGUGAAGUGCCACUAUUGAGCGCUGAUUAUGGGUCUUCUGAAGGGUGGAUUGGAGCAAAUGUGAACCCCAAAUUGCCGCCUGAAUUGGCAACUUUUGCCGUGCUUCCUAAUAUUGGGUUUUUUGAAUUUAUUCAUCGGAGGCAGAACCUUCCGGCUCAGAAGCGAGACGAAACUGAGUCCUUUCUUCAUGUGGAGCCCAAGCCAGUAGGUCUAAGCGAAGUCAAGAUGGGCGAAGAAUACGAGAUAGUCAUGACCAAUUCUGCAGGAUUGUACAGGUACAGAUUAGGCGACGUUGUCAAAGUUAUGGGCUUCCACAACUCCACUCCGGAACUCAAAUUCGUGUGCAGAAGCAAUCUUCUUCUUACCAUCAACAUCGACAAGAACACCGAGAAAGAUUUGCAGCUAGCCGCGGAAGCCGCAGCCAAGCUGCUAGCCGAAGAGAAAAUGGAAGUCAUCGACUUCACAAGCCAUGCAGACUUAUCGACCGAGCCGGGCCACUACGUUAUCUUCUGGGAGAUAAGCGGGGAAGCGAGCGAUGAGCUUUCGCAAGAAUGCUGCAACUGUUUGGACCGUUCAUUCCUCGACGCAGGUUAUGUCAGCUCGCGCAAAGUCAGCGCCAUUGGAGCCUUGGAGCUCCGAGUUGUUAGGAGAGGAACCUUCCAGAAGAUUCUGGACCACUAUGUGGGAUUGGGAGCCGCUGUCAGCCAGUUCAAGACGCCGCGGUGCGUGGGACAUGCUAACGGCUAUGUGUUGCGGAUCUUGUGUAGCAAUGUUGUGAAGAGCUACUCCAGUACAGCUUAUACUUGAAAUUUAUUCGUCUUUUUUUAUUUGGUAGGGAAAAGGGUGUCAAAUUAAUUCCUUGGAUUAUGAUUGGUUUCUGAUAAAUUAAUGCUUGAAAUGAUACACAUUCGAUAA